CGGAGGCCUUAUAUCCAAUGGCGGUAGGGAUGCGGAAUUCUCGAUAAUUUUAUAUUUGGAUUGAGGAGGAGAUGAGGCGAAGAAUGAAGUUGCCAUCCCUGGUGUGGCUGUUGAUAUCUCCCAUUCGUUUCACGUCUCUCUUUUUAGGCUCUCCGAAAAUGCACGUUACCCGAAGCGUCAUCACAGUAAAACUGGUUUGUUACUUAUCUACCCCUAUCAAGGAACAUGUUGUCUGUUAUCCGUCUCCGCAGUUUUAUCCCUCGUCUGAAAACCAAAGAAAGAAGUCAAAAGAAGAAGAAGAAGAAGUGGGUUUGAUUUUGAUUCGCGGGAGAUAUGCAAAACAAGUGUUUUUGGGGGUUUAGAAGCGUGGUUCGGCGGAAGCAAGUUGAUUCAGUUCAUGUGAAAAGACAGGGAGAGGGCCAUCAUGAAUUGGCUAGGAUAUUAUGUGUCACUGACCUCAUUGCCAUUGGAGUUGGAGCUACAAUAGGUGCUGGAGUGUAUGUGCUUGUGGGAACAGUUGCAAGAGAGCAGGCAGGGCCUGCGCUUACCAUUUCAUUCUUGAUUGCUGGGAUAGCUGCUGCACUCUCUGCCUUUUGCUAUGCAGAGCUUGCUUGUCGCUGUCCGUCUGCUGGCAGUGCUUAUCACUAUUCCUACAUAUGUCUUGGAGAAGGUGUUGCUUGGUUCGUUGGUUGGGCUCUUGUUCUAGAAUACACUAUUGGUGCUUCUGCUGUUGCUCGUGGCAUUACCCCAAAUCUGGCCUUGUUUUUUGGAGGUCUGGAUAAUUUGCCUGCUGUUUUCGCCCGUCACACCAUCCCUGUGAUUGGUGUCGUGGUUGAUCCAUCUGCAGCAGUAUUAGUUCUUAUCGUCACUUUCCUCUUGUGUACAGGAAUCAAGGAGAGUUCAUUGGUACAGAUGAUUGUUACAUCAGUAAAUGUUUUUGUCUUGCUAUUCAUCUUGAUAGUCGGUGGAUAUUUGGGUUUCAAAAAUGGAUGGGUUGGAUAUGAACUUCCCAGCGGGUAUUUUCCCUUUGGAAUAAAUGGGAUGUUUACUGGCUCUGCUGUGGUCUUCUUUUCAUACAUUGGUUUCGAUUCAGUUACCAGCACAGCUGAGGAGGUGAAGAAUCCUCAACGGGAUCUGCCCCUCGGUAUAGCAAUAUCAUUGCUUAUAUGUUGCAUCUUGUAUAUGCUUCUAUCUGUUGUUAUUACCGGUUUAGUACCAUACUAUGCCUUGGAUCCAGACACUCCCAUCUCCUCAGUAUUUGCCGGCUAUGGCGUGCAAUGGGCAGUGUAUAUUAUAACAACUGGAGCAGUUACUGCUCUCUCUGCAAGUUUGUUGGGUUCGAUUCUUGCCCAGCCACGGAUCCUGAUGGCAAUGGCCAGAGAUGGAUUGUUGCCUUCAUUUUUUUCAGACAUUAAUAAAAACACCCAUGUUCCUGUGAAGAGCACUGUUGCAACUGGUAUCUUUGCAGCAGUUUUGGCAUUCUUUAUGGAUGUUUCACAAUUGGCUGCAAUGGUUAGUGUUGGUACCCUUUUUGCAUUUACUACCGCAGCAGUUUCAGUCUUGAUACUUAGAUAUGUUCCUCCAGAUGAGGUGCCCCUUUCAUCAUCACUUCAAGAGGCUAUUAAGUCAGUAUCAUCACGAUUAAGUUGCAAUAUUCAAGAAAGUGACAGCAAAAACCUUCAGAAUUCUGCCGGCUCAUCUGAGAAUGAGAGUCACAAUCUACAUGAAAUUGGGGAGGCAUUACUCGGCUGUCCUCCGAUUGAGAAAAGCAUAUCACAAGUAGAUCUAAAUGAACAAACAAGGCGAAAAAUUGCUUCCUGGACCAUAACCUGUCUCUGUAUAGGGGUUUUUAUCCUUGCAUUCGCAGCUUCAGCUAAAGGUCUUUCCAGCACUCUUCGUUUCACAUUGUGCGGGCUGUGUGGAAUUUUCCUGCUUUGCUGCUUGAUUGUGCUGUCCUGUAUAGGUCAAGAUUUUGCAAGGCACAGUUUUGGACACACCGGAGGUUUCACUUGCCCAUUUGUUCCAUUCUUACCUGCUGCUUGCAUUCUCAUAAAUACUUACUUACUUAUUGAUCUUGGAGCUGCGACAUGGAUCCGCGCCUCUGUAUGGUUUGCCAUAGGAGGAUUGACAUAUUUAUUUUAUGGCCGGACGCAUAGUUCACUUUCGAAUGCAAUUUAUGUUCCCUUGGCUUAUGCUGAUGAAAUCUAUCGUUCCGACUCGCAACAUCAUCUGACCUAGCCUUUGUACAAGGCCUGAGGCGAGAAGUGUGUUUUGUUGUAUUAAAGUCUGGACAGGCACAGUCGUCUCAUCGUAUACUAGUGCAUGUAGUAGUGUUCUUGAUGUGCUAUGGCAACUGUUGUGGAGAAACAUGUAAUAGCUAAGAUUGUAUCUCAUCCUCUUUGAAAUGUCAAAGGUAGGUCGUAGAGAAAACGUGUACAUUCUUAUCUAACAUUUCCAUAAUAAUAAAUAUCUAUAACCACAACA